AUGAGACCAGAAGAGCUUGACAACCCCUCAUUCUUCCAGAAGAUUUCUCUUCGCUUCCAAGGUAUCCCACUGAAAGGAGAGCUUCACGCCCCCAAAUCCAUUUUUUCUGAUUGCGGAAAAGAAUGGUUUGCUCCUAAGCCUCUCCCUGAAGUUCCUAAGGAUUAUAAGGAGCAUCCGGAUAGAGACUUGGUUAACUAUCCCUAUCCUGCGCGGCCAAUGUAUCCUCCGAAGACUCGUCUGCUGAUGAUGCCAGAUUCGUGGUUCCAACCAUUCAUGAAGGUUACGGGAGUGUCAGGACCGUACUUGUUCUUUGGUGGAUUAUUUGCUUUCCUUGUUAAUAAAGAGUUAUGGGUGUAUGAGGAGCAGGGACACAUGACAGUUGGAUGGAUCUUAUUUUAUCUGCUUAUUUCAAGAACUGUUGGAUUCCGAAUCGAUAAUUGGUUGUAUGGAGAAUACCAAAAACGCAUGGAUUACUUCAAAGGAUUGAUUGCUGAAGAUCUAAAGGAUGCUGUUGAAUUCAGAAAAACAUCAGCUGCUGAAACGGAAUCUCUUAAAUUAGUGAAGGAGACUUUUCCAGUGAUUAUGAAGGAGAACAUGCAACUGCAGCUUGAGGCUCAAUACAGGAAGAAUGUACAAACGGUUGCAACAGAGCUGAAACGCCGUCUUGAUUAUCUUAAAGAGACAGAAGAGACGAGAAAGCGCUUUGAAAAAGAACAAAUGCUCAAGUUCAUCACUGAGGGGGUGAGUCGUUGUUUGAGUUCACUUCGUUAUUUACGAACUUAUAUUUAA